CGCACGACUUAUACUCUGCUCGACCCACCUUUUCCACACGGCAAGAGACAGUCUUUCUUUCCAAGCUACAACGACUCUACCGCAACAAUCAUGAAGGGCAACGCAGGUCAGACAAAGGUCCACUACAAGGGCAAGGAGGACGACUUCGUCAUCUUCGUCGAGAGCGUCGAGGCGGUCCAGAACUGGAAGAAGGACUCGUCGAUUCCGCUGGCGCAGGUGGUGAACGGCUGGAAGGUGUUCAUUACGCACAAGCAAGGCACCCAGGGCAUAUUGGACGGCGCGAGCAACGGCCAGCUAGACUCUGAGUUCGGCACCCACCAGGAGGAUGAGGUCGUGAAGGCCAUCCUGACGAGCGGCACGGUGCAGGAAUCUGAGAGCAGGGAGCGCCAAGGCGACAAGAACAUCACGCAAGGUGGCACCGUGGCACACUAAGCUGCCCCCUUCUUACGAUUUAUCACGACAAUUGCAUGUGCAUGGGCGGAUGGAUGGAUGGUAGGGACACAAG